CUAAAGGCUAAGGUCCUCCGGACCGCCUUGAGAAGCAACGACGAGUAGUAUGGUGAAAUUUUCUCCUAGGCAGCUGCAGCAACUGACAGUCAUGUUCUUGGAAAACAAAGUGUCGUCAUUCAUAUAAAAACACAGAAGCUUUCUGUUUCAAAACAGCGCCAGACAGUUCCGUAUUUGGGAAAGUUCAACAUCAUAAGCGCCAUCAUCAAACGCGAGUACUCUUAGCUGUCGAGAUGAGGGAUAUUAUUCACAAGGUUUUCCCCGCAAAGAAGAAUGGAGGGGUUUUGACACAGUAUCUUGCUGUAGUCAGUGCCUCAAUUUCCAUCUUCACAGCAGGAAUCAACUAUGGCUGGCCCCUUCCUUCCUUGAAACGUAUAAUGUCAGAUGAAUUCCCUCUCGAAGUAACCGAGGAAGAUGCUUCGUACGUUACCAUCGCUAAUAAUGUGGGUAACUUAAUAGGAGGGGUUCUCGCAACCUUCCUCAUCGACAGAGUUGGAAGAAAGCACAGCUCUAUGGUGUAUGGAGUCUUGUUGGUGGUCAGCUUGGUAAUGAUAUACCUGUCAUGGCUGCAUAUGGGACUACUUUAUGCUGCUAGGAUCAUAGGUGGAAUAGGAGAAGGAGGGCCUUUCGUCAUCAUGGUGACCUACUCUGCUGAGUUGGCCUCUCCUCAAAUCCGAGGAACACUUUGCUCGCUCCUCACCAUAGCCUACAUUGCUGGAAGUCUAUUCAUCAACAUUGUCGGCUCUUACUUUGAUAUCCAUACAACCGCGUUGAUCUGUCUUGUAUUUCCUUUGAUAUUUAUUGUUACCAUUGCUUGUAUGCCCGAUACACCGUAUUACUAUCUAAUGAAGAAGGACGAUGACGCUGCAGUAAGGAGCUUGAAGUUCUUCCGAAUGAAGGAAGACGUUGAGAAAGAAAUAGAAGAGUUAAGGGUAGCUGUUGCAAGACAAAUGUCUGAAAAGGGUAGACUUGUAGAUCUAAUUUUGAUUGAUUCCAACAGAAAGGCACUCAUACUGACAACUUUUGCAAGAAUAUUCCAGCAAUGGAGUGGUGCAAGCGCCUUUGGUCAGUUUUACCAAACAAUGCUAGAGCAGUCAACCGAUAUGUCACCUGUACUUGGGUCUAGUGUUAUCAUUAUAGUUCAGAUACUUGCUGUAGUACUUUCAACAUCCUUUGUUGACAAACUUGGAAGAAAACCAAUAAUUGUCGUAUCCUAUGGUAUAAACUGCAUAAUUCUUGUAGCCUUAGCUACUUUUAUGAUCAUCAGAGAUGAGACUGCCAUCGAUACUUCUAGUUAUGCGUGGUUACCCCUACCUUUGCUAACAGCUUUCACAGCUUCUUUUUGGGGAGGUGUAGGCAACGUUUUGGGGUUCUUGAUUAACGAAAUGUAUUCUACCAGCAUAAAACCUGUAGCUUUAGCUGUAGCUAGUAUUGUGUAUGCAGUAUCUGUGAUGACAGUAACAAAGUUCUUCCAUUUUACAAUGUACCAAUUUGGAAUGGCAAUACCGUUAUAUACGUUUGCGUUUUGUAGUCUCGUUGGUAUUUUCUAUUACCAGUUUCUACUGAUUGAAACGAAGGGCAAGACUUUAGAAGAGAUUCAACUGGAAUUGAAAGGAAUCAAUAAAUAUAGAAAGAAUUCUGCUUGACAAUCGCAAUGAAUGCGAAUUUGUGUAUGUGAUUUAUGCUAGUCAUGAUAAACAUGAAAAAGAGGUGUGGUACAGAUUGAUUGUUGAAUAUGACAAUACCUAAGAAUAGUACUACAAGUUAGUGUGAGAGCGUUCGUCCAACGUUUUGUACAUGGUAAUAAUCAAAUAUGGAACAACAAUUCAAGUGGUAGUGUAUAGAAUAUUCUUGGAAUAUUUUGUUGGUGAUUUACUGAAAGAUAGCGAACACCUUUUUAGGCAGUAUCAGUAUACAAAAAUUAUGUGACCUUUUAAAUCUUAGACACCGGCCAUCCAGUAUUUUGAGUCCUCCAAUCAUGUGAUACUUGAAUCUUUUUAAUAAAUACUACUUUUUUAAUUCAUGUUUCAGUUCACUUCACUUCAUGAAGGUCUGUGUAGUUAAGUCAUGCCAAUUUUUAUCAUUGACAUCAGGUGUAUCGUCCAAUUUGUUACUUAAUAUACAGGGUGGCGCAUCGAAAACGAAACACGCAUUUACUGGCAGCUCAGUUUUUUUUUUGAAAAACGCUCAAACCCGUAGAUUUUGUUUUCGAGAGGGACACAAGCUUGGCAAAAAAACACGUUAGCACGUGCAGCCCUCUAAGCGGGGGUGACACCACCACCAAAAUCUUAAAUGGAAAGGGGGGUCGAGUGAUACAUUAUUUUAAAGGUCUUUCAGUUCCCUUCAUAAUGAUAUAAAAUUAAUGUACUUCAGCUCAGUAGUUUGGAAGAUUUAUUGAGUUAAAGCUUAAAUAAAACUAAUAUAUCAUCAUUAGUGGAGAUCAAUACAUUUGGCAGCAAAGUAAUUUAGAAAUGAAGAAUGAACUGACCCGUUAGGCAAGUAAAUGUUGAAAAUGGCCACCAUGACUCUCCAUGCAAUAAUAAAGAUUUUGGUCAAAACGUUGCCGCACAUUUUGCAAUAUUUGAGGAUUAAUUUGAAGGCGCUCAUUCACAAUUCUUUGUCGCAGGUCUUCUAAUGAUGUUGGCUGAGUAGCAUACAUUUUGCUUUUUAAAUGACCUAACAUAAAGAAAACCAAAGGUGAUAAAUCUGGCGAUCUUGGGGGCCAUUCAAUGGCACCUCUUCUACCAAUCCAUCGAUCUGGAAACGUCUGGUCUAAAUAUUGUCGAACACGUAAUGCGUAAUGUGGUGGGGCACCAUCCUGCUGGAACAUCAACCUAUUCGCAAUGUACCGCCGAUCAUUCUGAUUUUCAAUUAUAGCUGUUAAUGCAGGAUCUAUGGUGUCUUGCAGUAAUUCCAAAUACAUUUCACCGGUUAAAUUUCCAGGUAGGAAAAAAGGACCAACUAAAUGAUCGCCAAAAAUACCAGCCCAAACAUUUAAUUUUUGUGGCUGCUGUGUAUGAACCUCAUGAUAUAUUCUGGGAUUAGAAUCGGACCAAUAUCGGCAGUUAUGACGAUUUACUACGCCAUUUAAGAAAAAGGAACAUUCAUCGGAAAAGCAAGUCUUGAAUAGAAAAUGUUCAUCGUUUAUAAUUCGUUCACUCAUAUCUUCACAAAAUUGUAAUCGCCGAUCAAAAUAGUCUUCAUUAAGUUCUUGUACCAGGUGAAUUUUAUACGGAUGAAAACUACGGGCUUUUAGAAUCCGUUGGACAGUACGUCGAGUAACACCACAAACAGUCUCCAAUUUGCGGGUACUUAACGUAGGAUCUACAUAAACUUGCCCUAAAACCGCCACUUCUAUUGCUUCGUUUCUUAUGGGAUUUUCAAUGUUGCGUUUUUUAUUGGCGACUGACCCAGUUUUCCGAAAUUUAGCUACAAGUUCUAGAACAUAUUUUCGAUGCACGUUACUGUUCUCAUGUCGCUCAUUAAAUAUUUCUGCUGUUCUAUUAGCGCACUCAUUAUUUCCGAAAAAUAUUUCGAUAAAUUCAACUCUUUCUGCUGUGGAAUAUACCAUGGUUAAUUUAUGUAAUAAAGCGUUACAAGUUAUUUUAGCAACAAGGUUUGGUCAAAUCAAUCGCAGACUGUGUACUAAAUUCCGAUUUAAAAUAAGUACGAGAUAUUUCCUUAUCUUUCUUCAAGAAGUAACUUUUUUUGCCACAAAAAAACGCUCCAAUAGCUAUUUUCAACAACAAAAUGAUAAACAGGCCAUGGGCGUAGUGAAGAAAAGCAUUUACAUAUUAAGUAAAUUCUUUUAGUCAAUUUUUUUCUGAAAGUAGUACAAACUAAUCUGAUGUACCUAUUAAGCUUUGAUUCAAUAAAUCUUCAAAACUACUGAACUGAAGUACAUUAAUUUUAUAUCAUGAUAAAGGGAAUUGAAAGACCUUUAAAAUAAGGUAUCACUCGACGCCCCUUUCCAUGUAAGAUUUUAGGGUUUUAGGCCCAGGGGGCUUCACGUGUUAAUGUGAUUUUUUGCCAAAGUUGUGUCCCCCUAGAAAACAACAUGGACGGAUCUAAACGUUUUUCCAGAAAAAACUGAGCUGCCAGUAAAUGCAUCGUUUUCGAUGCCCCCCUUUAUAUACGGUGUGCACAACCAACAUAUUUUGAUACCUAUUAAACUACAUAUGUGUUAAAAUUUGUAAUCCUUAAAUGUAGCAAACCAUAAUUUGUUUCUUCGAACGGCGUUUUACAGAAACUUUACUUUCGCUUGAUUUCAAAAUUUACUGUAUCAGUUCAUAACCUACUACAUAGUUAAAAUCACGACGAAUUGAUUUAGGUCGGGGUUUCUAUUUUACCUGUUUGUCGGUACUGUAGCACUAUUGUUACGUUUGGCUAUCAUAAGUCUGUAUAAAUGUUUUUACUUCCCACGCCUACUGACCAGUAUUGGAAUCACGAAAACGAGGUAUUAAUGUUUCUUGGAUGUUGUAUGACAUAUAUGUAUAUCACGAAAAACCAUAUCACUCAUUUCUGUCGGUUUGUCUCUCUUUCGGUCUGUCUAUAUGUCGUAUUUUUCACACACUUGAUGUCAUUCUUUGUAUCUAUAAUUGACAUCGGUAAAUCAAAUAAUUAUUUUGACCUGUCAUGGACAAAAUACCUGGAGGAUACUCCAAUACGUCUUUUCCAAAGGCAGCAUUAUUGACUUUUAAAUUGAAACUUUCUGCUGUAAAAAUCUAUUUGGAUUUAGCGAGUGACGUCGCAUUUGCCUGUGAUUUCUUGCCGGUUGCGCUAUCGUGGUUCUGUUACGAAGCCAUCUAGAGCAUAAGAUAUCAUCUCGGAUCAGGGUAUCUCAUUCGAGCGAGAAUUCAAGUCACUCAGAUUUUAAAUCUUCAAAGAAACCAUACGUCCCCGUGGCGGUCUUGCAAUUGCGAAAUCUCGGUAACAGAAAGAUGGAUUUCUGUAAAGCGAUAUACAGCAUAACCAUAAGCUCGCUUAUAACACUACAGCCAAAGCACCGCUUUUCAAAACUAUCAAAAGGUACUUAGAUAGAUUAUCUAUUUAUUUACUGUGAAUACGCACACACAGUUAGAUCAGCGGAAAUAAAUAACAGAUUUUUAAUGUAGGCACAAAACAUCUUUUCUUAUUAAUUGAGGACUCUAGCCAUCAUACAACUAAAAGAUUGAAUUCAAUGUGUUACAAAAUGUUGUCAGAUUUAGGCAGAUUUAGCACACAAAAGAAAUUAAAAAAUGCUGAUAUAAGCAUGGGUUUGGAAAAUCCCAGUUCUCAUAAUGUAGUAUUUGUCCUUUGUUGUACACUGGUGCUAGCAAAAAUAAAUAGUUUCUCCUCCAGUCAGCUAGCCAUAUUUAUUUAGCGUGCAAAACGUGUUCUAGUGAAGUCGGUUCUGGACGUUAAGUUCGGUAGAGAAGUGCAGAUAACUAUUUCUUAAUAAAGUUAAAUACAUUGGCAAACUUAUUAGUAAAAUGAUUUUUAUUUAGAAAAUGGAAAAAUGGCGUAUCCGAACGCAAAGCUCCAAGAAUCAAUCUAGCCUUAAUAUCGCGUUACUAUUUAAUACACAACUCAAGCACUCAUCUAUUAUUACAGGAAUGUUAGUGUAUAUAGAAUUGAAUAAAAUGUCUGAUUGAUUCAAUAUUUAUCCAUCUUUAACAAGUAAAUAAUUGCUUGUCGGUUGUAGUUAUAUAGUACAUAGAUAAAAAAAGACAAGACGAUGUAGGUUAUCCACUUUAACAGGACCCAUGCCUAUAACGGACACAGACAUCAUGCAAAAUAGAUACGUAGAACAUCCAAGAGCCUUCCAAAAGCGAACUGCCAACAGUGCUCUCAAAUUCUGGACAUUCAUGACAGCACCGGUAGCACAUACCGAGUGUUUCAAAUUCGACCCUCACCAUUGGGAUCUCGGAAACUGUAAGAGAUACGAAAUCGAAUGGGGUCAAAGUUGCGUAGGUAAGUAACAACAUGUUAAGAGUUGUUCCGCAGAGAGACGAAAAAAAAAACGAAUCUUUCCAAAACAUUUUUAAAUUUUUCCUGUUUUUAUUUGUAGUGGUAUCUUAAAAUAAGUUGCACAUUAACAUUCCCACCUUUUCUCCUUUACAAGAUGGCAUGAUUAGAAUUUCAAUAUGACGUUUGGUGUCUUAUCCUCAAUCAUGAACCGUUUUUGCACAGUUAAAUAGACAAUUUCCUAGGCAGGCCUUGAUUUUAUAUUUAUAGUCACUUGUUUCGUAUACGAGACCAGACCUCAAAUUAAUGAUAGGUACAUAGUUUGGAAAAGAGAAAAAAAGGGAAAUAAAUCAGAAAAUAAACAGUGACCAAUGUAAAGGGUUUGCCUACAAAAUAAUCGACAUUCUGAACAUUUGUUAUGAUUUACCUCUGCUUAUUCAUUUGAUUCUUUUUGUUAUUAUCAUCAAUAAAAACUUCAUUUAGUAUUUAGGUUUCACCAUACCUUUCAAUUUACUUAUAAUUUUUGUUCCAAUAACAAAUUCAUGGCCAAUAAAGCAAAUUUUACGACUGAAAAGUCCAUUUAAAUGUACAAAAUUCCAAUAGUGUUCAUCUGAAAAAACAAAAUUGGUGAUGGAAGUCGAAAGAAGAAACCUCGUAUCGAAAAUAUGACUACGCCAUCUUGUAGAGGAGAAUGAAUGGCAAUGACACCAUCCAAUUUAUUUUAAAAUCACAUCUCAAAUAGUCAGGAAAAAAUGAAAAUGAAUUUGGGGUAAAUCUGCUAUGUGAAAUAAAUGACAGUCCGUGUGAUCUGAAUUUCAAGGACUACCUAGGAAAAUUUGCUUUUUGAAAGUAACUUAGGUUUGGCAAUAUCAAUGUAUGACGAAUUAUACAUUUUUGAAAUCGUAAUUAAAAAAAAAUCCAAUAUGGGGUUCUCAAGAAAAAAUAAAUUUGAUGUUAGAGGGCAACAUACGAAACGUCGUAUUGAAGUUUUAAUCAUGCCAUCUUGUACAGGAGAAAAAGUUGCAGUAUUGGUGUGCAGUUUGUUUUGAAAUCUUAUAUAUAUAUAUAAUCAAAAUCCUAUCUACCCGAAGGUGUAAGAUGUAUGAAAUAGUAUAAUGUAAACCUACUUCCCGUUCAAACUUCUGUUGAAUAUAUCAUUGCAGCCCAAUGCUUUUUGUUUUUUGUUAGCUUCACUGCAUCUUUCCAGUUGCAAAGUUGGUGUGCAGUUUGUUUUGAAAUCUUACCACAAAUAAAGUCUGGAAAAAAUCGAAUCGAUUUUAAGAAAAAUCAGUUUUUUCCGUCUCUCUUCUGGAGUAUUUUGAAUUUCGAAACUUUCAAAACGGCAUUUUGUAGGUACCUGAAUACGCAACUUUGACCCAUUUGAGCGGCUUCGUAUCUCUUGCGAAUUGCAGUUUUGCGUAAAUUAAUUGAGGUUUUAUUCCUUCUUUCGAAAAAGAUCCUUAAUUUGAUUUCUUUUCAUAUUUAUAUAUCAUCUGCAGCAUAUAAGUAACAAUAAAGGUACAGUAUGAGUAUAGUGUACCCACUUUUCUCUUGUCCACUUUGCCGACACCACAUACUUUGGAACUAUCCUGUUUUCUAUCAAAACUGUCAAUUCAAUCCAUCUUGCUAAUAUGACGAGGAAAGUACUUGAACAUACGUUAGAUAGCUUUAAAAGCCCAGUGUGGAAACGAUGUGCAUAUAACCGGGGAUAUUUGCUCUGCCCGAGUCUCCCAUACUGGUUUCCGCCUUUGAUAAUAUAUUUGCAAGUCUCAAUAUUUGAAUUUGUUUUCGAGAGAUGAGUGGUGAACUAUCUAAUUCGGGCAACUUAUAUUACUGUAAUAUAAUAAUAUAAUAAUUAUUAUUGCUAUUGCUUGCUUUUCUAAUAUGUGAACGUGCUAAAUAUUCGUCUAAUUUCCCUCUAAACAUUCUGUAAUGUCUUGUAGAAGCUGCGUUGAUAUUUAUCUUAGAAAGAAGAGCAAAAUCUUCAUCACGUGCGGUUUUGUUUUCGCCCAGAGAGAGAUAGUGAUGGAUGAUAAAAUCAAUCACAUGAUAGAUAAGGUUCGGGAGUGAGGGAAGUAAAAGUAGUAGCUAUUGAUCGUGACGCUGAUGAUAAGCGAUGUCCUCAACCUAAAUAAACUGUUUUCUGUGCCUGAGCCCUUUGUAUUUGGCUUGUCACUUCGGAGUAUUCCUCGUUAACCUAUAAUUAGAUCUUUGCGAUUUCCCCUGCUAAUCACUAUCAAUAACGUAAUAUUUGGCGCCGAAAUGAACAAUCAACCUAUCAUUGGCGCAAUAAAACACCGAGUAUCAUAAUAUCCGAUGUCUUGUCCCAAUUACGCCCUUAUUUGCUCUGAAGCUAUUAGAGGUUGUUUACAGAGGGGUAUUAAAAAGGUGCUUUUCUACGUACACUGCCACACUUCCACUGGACAGGCUCAUUUGUCUUGUUUAUCGGAUAUUUUGAUAGCUCAGUUCUCCAACGUUACCUCUCAAUUAACAACGAGGAUCGAUAAAGCUGUGCCUCUUUGAGGAAUAUUCGUAAAGCUUAGCCUCGAAACUAUGAAGUUUUGCAUAACUUGUUACGCUGGAUGAUCCCUUUUGUUAUUAUUAUUUUUUAUUUUUGAAACACUAAAAGUCUAUCUGAGUAAGUUUUUUCAAAAUAAGAUAGCCCAGUUUGAUAUAAUUUUUCAUUAUUUAAUAACAGCCUAAAAGUUCUGCCACUAUGGAUUUUUGUAUCGUAUUCGAGAUAGUUGCAGUUAAUAUAGUUUAAUACUAUAGGGUGGGCAUUCUAUUGGGUUCUUUUUUAAAUUGGUAUUAAAACUACACUCUUCAAUAAUAUGUAGCACUCGAUACUUUAUUCAGAAGAAUACACCUUCCGAUUAUUUAUCCGAUUAUUUAUGAAAAACAAUUUCAGUUAAAUGGCUGCCGUGACUGGCCUGGCAGUAGUCCAGUCCCAUAAUCCAAUUUUGAAGCAAAUUUUCGAUAGUUUGUGGGUCUAUGUCAUGAAUAUCUCGACGGAUAUUUUCCUCAAGAACACUAAUUGCUUGAGGAUCAUUAGUGUAACAGCGGUCCUUAACAGUACCCCA